CAUCGUCAGCGAGGCUUCCUCGUCGCAGCAGUCCUGAACUGAUCCAGAGAAGGGGCGGAGGCAGUGCUCGCCAGCACUCGGGUUUCCUCCCGCUGUAAUGAACUUUCUGACGGACCGCUGCGACUGUGACAUCUCGCGAGAUUUCCCCAUAGCAACUGAAAAGUUUGCCUUGGGAACCGAGGCUGCAGCCUUCCCACACAGCCAUCCAAUGCAGUCCUCUGAUGAUAGCGAGUCCACCUGCCCGGGUCCGUCUCUCUGGAGCCUGAUUGCUGAACAUGCGGCGGAGUCUGAGCUGCCAAAGAUCCACGCGGCGCUCGGCUGCUCCCUGGUCGAUAUGUACACAGAGUUGCAUGCAGAGGCAGUGAUGUGGAGCAACAUGUGGAGGGAGAAGCAGAAAGGAAGCAACACGGCAUGCACCCCUCUCCCUGACCCCCCUGCGAUUAAAGAGCUGGUCCGAGCUGAGGUCCAGAUGCUGUUGCAGAACCUUAAAACAAAAGUCAAAGGAGAAGGAAGAAAUGAAUAUGAGGUUUUGGCUCGAUACAAAACCAGAACUUUACGCUACGUACUGGCCGGCCAUGACUGUGGAAGAAGCCCUGAAGAUGCUGUCACAGAGAGCAGAGCCAACUCUCAGUGUUCAGUCCGGUCCUCGGGUGAAGAGGAAAUUGAUGCCGUGAAAGAAAAACUGAACGCUACUGAUAUCGAUGAAGUGGUGGAGCACAUUCGGUCAGCCCUGCGACACCAAUGUGAACAAUUGCAGAGACAAGUGCAACUCAUUCAGGGAAGUUUCAGAAAACAGUGCAGGAGCUGCGGUGACACUGACCCAACACUGUCAGAGUUAAAAAAGCUCAGAGGAGCUUUACAAACAGACCUGGGGCUCCACACUUCUCCUGCACUCUCAACUGAUUCCACAUUACCAUGCGUGAUGAAAGAUGGACUCGGCCAGCACUCAGAACAGAGGACAUCAGCCUUCAGGCCGCAUCCGCCUGUUGGGCUCCGUUUGAAGUCCACUCUAUCACUGAGACACCGCGCCUCAUUAGGUGGUGAGCAAACGGAUGGACCUACGCAGCAUCAGGAGGAGGUUCUGGACUACAGUAAACAGUCUCCACAGAAGACAUGCACUUUCCAGGAUCACCGUCCCUCAUGUGCUGCCCAUGACCAGCAUGGACAGGGUUCUGCUCUGGGUCAUGUGACAGGCAAUCGUCUUCCUCCUUUACACAUUUCCACCUGCCCCUGUCCUGAAAAUGGAUGUUGCCGGUGCAUUCACAGCCAGGACUUCAGCGAGAGCCUUGGUUCCCUUGCAGACACUGCAUGCCAGAGCAGUGCCAGGGAGACAUGCUCACCAUCAGAAACUCUGGUGAUGGAUGUCUGGGGAGGCAAGACUGCUCGAGAUGGUGGCUUGUCUUCUGCUGUGACAUUUGGAAGUGUCUCACUGCAGGGCAGUGGUGGAGUGUACAGCAGAGCUCACACUCCCCUGGUUAUCCAGCAGCUGGGGUCCACUGCCAGCACACAACACCAGUCUGAGCGCAAAAAUGUGCUUGUGCUGUUUACCCCAAAACCCCCACUAGGGGGAAGAAGUCAGCCCAAGAGAGUCGUGGUGUCCAACACCUUACAAGAAGGACCUUGCCUUUCUCACAGGCCCUCACUGAAGAAUGAAUGUUGAGUUGAAGACAUCUUA